UUCACUAUAACUGAUCUAAUGGGUUUGUUUAUGGAGUGUGAUACUGGUUUAUUGGAAAUUAACAAUAUAAUUAAAAUUCUUAUUUUAUUGAGAGCGGUAAAAGUAUAUAGCAUUCUCAUACUUGCGGGACACAGGUUUGAUUAAUAGGAUGUAGGUGAUUUUUUUUUUCUCCAGCUGAACGUUACACUCCAUCCCAGUAGGUGGCGGUAAUGCACCUUAAGCUGUUUGCAAACCGCCAUAAAACAAUAGAAGAAGAACACGAAGGAAAUUCACACCCGCUUGUUCGCGGAGCUUCUUUCUCUACACGGGCUUAGAAGCUCUGAUAUUCUGUGUGAUUUCACUAAAGUGUCCUGAUUCUUUACACCUCUUAUAAUGAAAACCAGACGGCGCUCUUUAGGAAAAUCUCCACAGACUCCUGCUGCUACUGGCUCAGAGAUGUACCACUGCUCAGAUGUCGGAGAGAGUUUUAAUAAAAGUCAUCAUCUCAAAGAUCACGAGUGGAUCCACACAGGGGAGAAGUUGUAUGACUGCUCCCAGUGUGGGAAGAGUUUUACUCGUCAGAGUACUCUCCAGCGACACCAGUGUAUCCACACAGGGGAGAAGCCGUAUCUCUGUGGACAGUGUGGGAAGAGUUUUACUUAUCAGAGUACUCUCCAACAACACCAGCGUAUCCACACAGGGAAGAAGCCGUAUCUCUGUGGUCAGUGUGGGAAGAGUUUUACUCGUCAGAGUACUCUCCAACGACACCAGCAUAUCCACACAGGGGCGAAGCCAUAUCUCUGUGGACAGUGUGGGAAGAGUUUUACUUAUCAGAAUAAUCUCCGACUGCAUGAGCGUAUUCACACAGGAGAGAAGCCGUAUCACUGUGGACAGUGUGGGAAGAGUUUUACUUAUCAGAAUAAUCUCCAACAGCAUGAGCGUAUUCACACAGGAGAGAAGCCGUAUCAUUGUGGACAGUGUGGAAAGAGUUUUACCCAACCAUGUGAUCUCCAACGACACCAGCGUAUCCACACAGGGGAGAAGCCAUAUUACUGUGGACAGUGUGGGAAGAGUUUUACUCAUCAGAGUCAUCUCCAACAGCAUGAGCGCAUUCACACAGGAGAGAAGCCGUAUCAUUGUGGACAGUGUGGAAAGAGGUUUACCCAACUAUGUCAUCUCCAACGACACCAGCGUAUCCACACAGGGGAGAAGCCGUAUCUCUGUGGACAUUGUGGGAAGAGUUUUACUUGCCAGAGUACUCUCCACCAACAUGAGCGCAUUCACACAGGAGAGAAGCCGUAUCACUGCUCGCAGUGUGGGAAGAGUUUUACUUGCCAGCGUUAUCUCCAACAGCAUUUGCGCAUUCACACAGGAGAGAAGCCGUAUCCUUGUGGACAGUGUGGGAAGAGUUUUACUUUUCAGAGUAAUCUCCAACGACAUGAGCUCAUUCACACAGGAGAGACGCUGUAUUACUGUGGCCAGUGUGGGAAGAGUUUUACUUGCCAGAGUACUCUCCACCAACAUGAGCGCAUUCACACAGGACAGAAGCCGCAUCACUGUGGAGAAUGUGGGAAGAAUUUUACUCGUCAGAGUCAUCUCAAACAACAUGAGCGCGUUCACACAGGAUAGAAGCCGUAUCACUGCUCACAGUGUGGGAAGAGUUUUUCGUGACCAAAGGGCCUUCCACAGCCACCAGCAGAGUCAUACAGGACAGAAACCGUACCUCUGUGGACAUUGUGGGCGGAGUUAUACUCAUUCAAGUUCAUUAAGGACACAUAAGUGCUCUAAUAUAAAGCCAUCAGAUUUAGCCAUGUGAAUGUCAAAUUAAGAUACAUGUUUUACAUUUUUGUUUUUUAAAGGGGAGGUAAAGAGACAUUCAGGCAUUAAACUGUAAUAUUAUAUUAUUUGUCAUGGACUGUAGUAUUCUGUUGCAUGGAACUUUAUUGCUUACUCUCUGGGUUUUAGCAAAAUUCAUGAUUUUAUGUUUUCCUGUUUUUCCCCAAAUGCUACAAUACCAAGCAUGGAAUACACAUAUUUAACCAGUGGGAAUGCCCACUUUAAUCGACCAGUCCAGACCUCUGAGGGCUUCUCCCUCUAACAUAAGACUUUCAUUUUAAAUGAUUUUUAAGUGCGAGCUGGAAUUAGCUUUUCAGAAUCUCGCAUUAUGCAUACUACUCAUACUCACACUCACAUACAUACUCAAACUCUGUUCAAGCCGACAGACGAUGGUUGUGUCUAUAGGCAAUUUGAAGAGAGAAUUCUUGUCCAAGUUGCUCCAUCUUUGCAUCGUCCAUUCAACUGUAGCUAACUACACUGUAUGGCCAAAAGUAUGGGGAUGCCUGACGACCACACACAUAUAUGCCUUUUGAACAUCAUCUGAUGGAACGGCAUCUAAUCCAUGGUCCUGUGAGCCUAGUGUUCCUGAUGUAGUUUUCAGAUUUACUGCAACCCUGACCAGGAUAACACAUUUACACAGUAAGAUCAAUGAAUGGGUUUUUGUUGUAUAUAUGCUCCUUUAAGUAGUAAGAAAAUAUUUGUAUGACCAGCAAGUCUUAGAAUUUUUACUACAGGAUCACUAUCACAGUCAUGAAUAUACAGUGAAUGGAGCAUUGAGAGAGUACAUUACCAUGCUCUGGGUUUGAUGACCCCUUCAUCUUAGUAGAUCAUAUGUUUAAUAAUGCACAAAUUUUAUACUUGCCUUAUUAAUCAACAAAUAUUCUCGAUAAUAAAUGGU